UCACCAGGCACCAACCCCCCGCACAUCUCCUCCGCCCUCUCCUUCUCCACCAGCUCCCCAUCCAUCCCCACCGAGCUCCAAGAACUCCCACCACCCGUCGCCACCCUCCCACCCGGCAUGGCCGCCGCCGCGACCGCCACCGCCACCGCCGUCCGCCUCCACGCGGCCGCCACGCGACGCGCCGCCCCGCGCCGGCCGGCGCGCCUCGCGGUGCGCGCGGACGCCGCGCGGGCGGCGACGGCGCUGACGCAGGACGACCUGAAGAGGCUCGCGGCGGUGCGCGCGGUGGAGCAGGUGCAGAGCGGCAUGGUCCUGGGGCUCGGGACGGGGUCCACGGCCGCCUUCGCCGUCGCCGAGAUCGGCGCGCUCCUCGCCAGCGGGAAGCUCUCCGGCAUCGUCGGCGUGCCCACCUCCAAGCGCACCUUCGAGCAGGCCACGUCGCUGGGGAUCCCCCUCUCCACCCUCGACGACCACCCCGUCAUCGACCUCGCCAUCGACGGCGCCGACGAGGUCGACCCAGAUCUUAACCUUGUCAAAGGCCGGGGUGGAGCCCUGCUCCGGGAGAAGAUGGUCGAGGCCGCAUCAGGAAAGUUUGUCGUCGUCGUUGACGAGACGAAACUAGUCACCGGCCUAGGAGGGAGCGGCCUUGCCAUGCCAGUGGAGGUCGUGCAGUUCUGCUGGAAGCACAACCAAGUAAGGCUGCAGGAUCUGUUCAACGAAGAAGGUUGCGAGGCGAAGCUGAGACUGAAUGAGGAUGGCAAGCCCUAUGUUACCGACAACUCGAACUACAUUGUCGAUUUAUACUUCAAGACGCCGAUAAAGGACGCGCUGGGCGCGGGCAAAGAGAUUGCUGCUUUGGAAGGAGUUGUUGAGCACGGGUUGUUCUUGAACAUGGCAACUUCAGUGAUCAUUGCUGGAUCGGACGGCGUCAGUGUCAAAACAAAGUUCUAGCCGUCUCCUAGGAGUCGAGGACGCCCUUCGUGGAGUACGUGCCGGUGAUCCUUUUUCUUUUGAAUGUUUAUCAUGCAUCGCUUCUUUGACAACUUCCUUGGUGACCUGGACUGGUAACUGACUCAUCUGUUGAUGAAGUGGUUCUGAACAAUCUUUUGCUGUUCUGGUAGACUGAGGAGGGCCAUGGUUAGCAGUGGCAUUGUCAAGUUCCACAAUCCUCUGUACUUUAAAUGACUGACUCUUAAUAUAUUGGGGUUUGCAAUUGUCUUCAUCAUCA